AUGUAUAUCUCGAUUGUCUUAGUAACGGUGUUCACCGUUAGAUCGCGCGCUAAUUUGUUACAUGAAUGCGCUAAAUUAUACAAUCCUCGGCACUAUAUGAGUCAUUUGCCCUCUCUGCACUUACCAUACAUAGGAGACGUUCCUAUCCCUAAUAAUAUACCGCCUAUAAAACCUUCUGCAGUCGUAAAAACUAAAGCUGUCAAAGUUAUUACUUCGUAUGUGUACAAAAAUCCGGUGUGUAUUAAAUACACUAAGAAAAAAGCGAUGUGCAAGCAGGAUAAUAGUAUUAAACAUAAAGGUGCCUACGAACAAUUGGUGACAAAAGAAUAUUUUGUGAAAGAUCGUAAAAGUAGAAAUAACGAUGAAAUUAAUAGACAUAAAAGAGGAUUUGAUAAUAGUUAUGAAGAAAGGGAUGCGAUUGAUAAGAGAUAUAAUCAAGUUCAUCUUAAAAAAGCGGAAGACGUCGAUUACCACAGUACUUAUGUUAAUAAUUUGGAAAGCAGCGAAACUGUUACCUUAUCAAAAGAAAACAGGAAGACACCUGAGCUGUUUACAAAUAAUGUAAACAAUAUGUUGAUAGAGGAUAGAUUAGACCAAUUAGAAACAAUUCUACCACAUUAUACGCGCAGGAGAACGUACGAAACUUCGACAAUAACAGUCACGAAAGUUUUAAGUAACAGAAAGACGAUGGCUACAUUAUUGGCGAAAAAUUGCAUUCCUUACGGAUUUGAUUUGUGCGAAUCUAAAACGAGAAAGAGACAGUCAAAAAUAGCUAAAUUCAGUAAUGACUCGGUAGAAGAACGAUAUUAUUUCGGAUAA